UUAUCAUAUGCCUCUCUAUAUGUGGGAAGAUGUGCCAAGCAUCUGAACUUUUUUGUGAUUAUAUGAUUCUAUCAAUUACUUCUCAGAUCUUGGGUUCUAAUUGAGUUGAUAUUUGUAUAUAUAUAAAUUCUGAAAUAAUUUUCUGAGUGCAUCGUGAUGACACAUAAUUUGUGCUCUAGUUGAGUUUACGUAUGUAUGUAUAUGCGUUCUGAAAUAAUUUUCUGAGUGUAGUGUGAUGGUACUGUUGAUCACAAUGUUUUAUCUUUUGUUUUAGCGCUUAGAGUAUGGAAUGGUAUCAGAAAUAGCAACUGUCCUUGUCCAAUAUAUUUGUACGAGUUUCAUGCUUAGCUUAACAAAGAAUGCAUUCAUUGCUUGUGCACGCCAUUUUCAAACUGAGGAAUUUUUCAUUCAUUGAAAUAGAUAAAAGCAGUCUGGGUUGCUGAAUCCAACUCUCUCUCUCUCUCUCUGAGGGAAUUAUGUGCAUUUUCGUGGUCCUGUUUUCAUCUACAUAUUUGUACAUCAAAAUUUGGUUUGCUGAUUUCUUCAUUAUACAUGUUACUGUAACUUAUCGUUUAUCAACUAUAUACUUUAGCUAGAAAGUCACUAUAAAUUGUCACACCACUCUCUCUACUUUUCUGCACAUCUUUUCGUAAAAAGUCAAAAAGUUAUUAAAAUAGCUUGUUCCCAAACAAGGAAAUCUGUUGUAGCCUUGAGUUUUUCUCAGAAUUGCUUUCAAACUUUUUCUUGCAGUGAAACAUGGUGCAAAAACGGCCCUUUGGUGAUGAGACAUAUGGGGUUUCUUCUAAGCACCCUAGACAACUGGAGUACAUUUGCCAACUUUCUGCGCUGGAAUUUGUUUGUGCUAAAGAUACAGCAUGGAAACCUAAAAUUUCAGGUGAAGGUGAGGGUGGUUUCUCAAACAGGGAUGAGAAGCAUGUGGAUGGAAACAUUACUGAACUCCCAAUAUGCACUGAAAAGGAUAGUGAAACCAGUUUUCCUGGUUGCAUUUCCAACACGUCCUGGGCCAGCAGCAGUACAAGUGAGGAAGAUGAUGAGUCACAGGCACAGUUUCAUUUAUCAUUCUCUCCAGAGUGUUAUAAUUCUUACCAGCCAAGAAGAACAUUAGGUCACCCUGAAAAGAAAUGUUCCUCUCUUUUGGAGUGUCCUCCUCGAAAACUGGUAUCAAUUGGACCAGAUUUUCAAGCCAAUCUACCAGAAUGGGGUGCUAAGAAUGCUCGUCAAGCUUUAGAAUUGGAUCUUAGUGAUCAUAAUGAUGUUGAGAACAAGCUGGCUGGGAUUUGUGUCAUUCCAAUGCCUGAAUUUGGACAAUCUGCAAACGACAGUGACAAGGUUGGAGGUGGUAGAACUGAUUGCUGCUGUGAGGAUUCUGGGUCUGUCAGAUGUGUUAGACAGCACAUCAAAGAAGCAAGAGAAAGACUUUGUAAAACCAUUGGACAUGAGAGAUUUUCAGAGCUGGGGUUCUCUGACAUGGGAGAGGUAGUGGCUUGUAAAUGGAGUCCAGAGGAACAACAGCUGUUUCAUGAUGUGGUAUAUUCAAAUCCUGCAUCAUGGGGUAAGAACUUUUGGGACCAUCUAUCAAUGGUUUUCCCAACUCGAGCCAAAAAGGACAUUGCCAGCUAUUACUUUAAUGUCUUCAUGCUGCAUAGGCGGGCGGUGCAGAAUAGAUGCGACCCAAUGAAUAUUGACAGUGAUGAUGAUGAAUGGCAUGGGAGUGAUGAUUCUGGAGAUGAUGAUGAAGUUGGGACAGCAGAGGAAGAUGAUGAUUCUGUUGAAUCCCUGGCAUUUCAAGAUGCCCAUGGACAUAAUGAGAUUUUGGAAAAUGAUUCAUAUAGAUAUGAUGAUUCAUAUAAUCACGGAAGUGUUGGUUGUGAUGAGGGUGUCAUCGAUGAUCCUGAAACAUACUCGAGAAUGUUUUUUGAUAAUGGUGGUCCUGAACCUACACUUCAGCUCUGGGAUGAAGAAGGAGAUCAUGAUGUGCAAGAUGACUCAUGCACGUCUGAUGAUGCUGGGACUGAACAAGUGACUCAAGUGAAUCCUAAGAAUAGUAAGUGCCAUUUGGGUAGCGUUAGUAGUAUAAGUGGUGGUGACGGUGAUGAUUUUGUUUUGGAGCAUUAUGAUACUGAAGUAUGGGAUGUUGGGUACUUGACAUGCCCAAAAAAUGAAGUUGAAUUUUUACCUACAUGCAGUGUGAUUGAAGAGGUGUUUGGGGCUGGUGCUUGGAAUUACACGGCAAGAGAUGGUAAGGAUUUGAGUUAGUACUACUUUUGUCAUUUUUAGCUUGCAAGCAAGUGUAUGGAAGUUCAAAGUGUAAGCAUACAAGGGUUUUGCCGCAAAACCCUCUUAGGUUAAUUUUGUUUGGAACUUCUUAUGUUAAAAUGAGUAAGAAACUCCAAUUUUCCUUUGUACAUCCGCAAAUGGUGGAAGAUGGAGGGUCUUCCUUCUGUUCUGUAAGGAUAUGGUUUUUGAAGGUUGUCGGUUUAAAAUCAUUGAAUUGAUCACGUGGAUUAACUAUCCCCUGAUUAUGCGACUGUUACCAUCUUUCUUAUGGUAAAUGCAACAAUAAUUUUCAGCGGGGAUAAACUUGCCUUUUUAUUUUAUUUUAUUUUAUUCUUAGAGAGAGAUUGGUAGCGACUCCAAGUGCAAAGACAAUGUAUUAUGUAGUUUUGUAUUGUUGUUUUUAUUGUAUGCAAUAAUGUAUUAUAGAAAUCAUUCAA